GCUAGCGCGACCAGGAUCAGCCGGUUCCUGGGACUUUCCGAGAGGCCCGCCUCGGCCCGCCCCUACUCCUCCCCCAGCCGCGGGUCCCGGCGGACUCCGACAGCGCCCAGAGACCCCGGCCCCGCGGGGACAGCGGAGAGUCCCAGGCCGGGACGGGACCCGGGACAGCGCCCGCGCGCCAUGGCCAGCUCAGGGUUCCCCGCUCCCUGCGGGUGCUUUUCUGUCUCCCGAGCUUCCCUCGCGUGGCUGGGGGCAACGCUGCUACUUCUCGCCGACUGGGUGCUGCUCCGGCACGCGCUGCCCCGAAUCUCCCUGCUGGUGCCCACGGCGCUGCCGCUGCUCCGGGUCUGCGUGGUGGGCUUGAGCCGGGGGGCCGUGCUGUGGCUGGGGGCCCGCGGGGUCCUCAAGGCAACGGCUGGCUCCAAGAGCGACAGCGCCAGGGUCCGGGGAUGGCUGGCGGCUCUGGAGCCCCUGGCGGCGGCGCUGGGCUUGGCCCUGCCUGGACUCGCCUUGUUCCGAGAGCUGGGUUCCUGGGGAGUCCCCAGGGACGCGGACAGCACCAGGCUCCUGCACUGGGGGAGUCGCUUGGACGCCUUCGUGGUCAGCUACGCGGCGGCACUGCCCGCAGCCGCCCUGUGGCACAAGCUCGGGAGCCUCUGGGUGCCCGGCGGUCGUGGGGGCUCUGGAGACGCUGUGCGUAGGCUUCUAGGCUGCCUGGGCUCGGAGAUACACCGCCUCCCGCUGGUCCUGGUCCUGUUGGUCCUCUCCUGUCUUGGGGAGAUGGCCAUUCCAUUUUUCACGGGCCGCCUCACUGACUGGAUUCUCCAAGAUGCAGCUGCCACUGCCUUCACCCGAAACAUAACUCUCAUGUCCAUUCUCACCAUAGCCAGUGCAGUGUUGGAGUUCAUGGGCGAUGGGAUCUAUAACAGCACCAUGGGCCGAGUGCACAGCCACUUGCAAGGAGAAGUGUUUCGGGCAGUCCUGCGCCAAGAGACAGAGUUUUUCCAACAGAACCAAACAGGUGCCAUCACAUCUCGGGUAACAGAGGACACGUCCGCCCUGAGUGAAUCUCUGAGUCAGGAGCUGAGCCUAUUGCUAUGGUACCUGGUGCGAGGGCUGUGCCUCUUGGGGCUCAUGCUCUGGGGGUCAUUGUCCCUCACCAUGGUCACGCUGGCCGCCCUGCCUCUGCUUUUCCUUCUGCCUAAGAAGCUGGGAAAGUGGUUCCAGUCACUGGAAGUACAGUUGCUGGAGUCUCGGGCACAGUCCAGCCAGGUGGCUAUUGAGGCUCUGUCAGCUAUGCCUACAGUCCGGAGCUUUGCCAAUGAGGAGGGUGAGGCCCAGAAGUAUAGGCAAAAGCUUCAGGAAAUGAAGACACUCAACCAGAAGAAGGCCGUGGCCUAUGCAGUCAACCUCUGGACCACCAGUAUCUCAGGGAUGCUGCUGAAGGUGGGAAUCCUGUACAUGGGUGGGCACCUGGUGACAAGUGGGGCUGUGAGCAGUGGGAACCUUGUCACAUUUGUUCUCUACCAGAUCCAGUUCACCACAGCUGUUGAGGUACUGCUGUCCACCUACCCACGUGUACAGAAGGCUGUGGGCUCCUCAGAGAAAAUAUUUGAAUACCUGGAUCGGACCCCUUGCUGCCCACCCAGUGGUCUGUUGACUUCCUUAAACUUGGAGGGUCUUGUCCAGUUCCAAGACAUCUCCUUUGCCUACUCAAACUGUCCAGAUGUCCCAGUGUUGCAGGGGCUGACAUUCACCCUACGUCCUGGUGAGGUGACAGCGUUAGUGGGACCCAAUGGGUCUGGGAAGAGCACAGUGGCUGCCCUGCUGCAGAAUCUGUACCAGCCCACCCAGGGGCAGCUGCUGCUGGAUGGGAAGCCUCUUUCCCAAUAUGAGCACCACUAUCUGCACAGCCAGGUGGCUGCAGUGAGACAAGAGCCACAGCUAUUUGGAAGAAGUCUUCGAGAAAAUAUUGCCUAUGGCCUGAUCCAGAAGCCAACUAUGGAGGAAAUCACAGCUGCUGCAGUAGAAUCUGGGGCUCAUAGUUUCAUCGUUGGACUCCCUCAGGGCUAUGACACAGAGGUAGGGGAAGCUGGGAGCCAGCUGUCAGGGGGUCAGCGACAGGCAGUGGCCUUGGCCCGAGCACUGAUCCGUAAACCACGUGUCCUUAUCUUGGAUGAUGCCACCAGUGCCCUGGAUGCAAACAGCCAGUUACGGGUGGAGCGUCUCCUGUAUAAAAGCUCUGAACGGUGCUCUCGCUCUGUGCUUCUCAUCACCCAGCAUCUCAGCUUGGUGGAGCAGGCUGACCACAUCCUCUUUCUGGAAGGAGGCACUAUCUGUGAGGCGGGAACCCACCAGCAGCUCAUGGAGAAUAGGGGACGCUACUGGACCAUGGUGCAGGCUCCUGCAGGUGCUCCAGAAUGAAAGACUUCUUGGACCUGCACACACUAUCUCCCUCCCCUUUCUUCUCUCUGUGGUGGAGAAUUUGGGAGCAAAGAUCCUGCCUGAGCUGCAGAGUAGACAGCUGCUUCUAGGAGUAGUUACAUCCUAAAAUGUAACUCCCUAGGUGAUCCCUAAAAUUUGCCAUGCGUAUUACCUCUUCACCAGGCUCCACUUGAUAAUGCCGACUUUCUGGAAGAAAACCAGGAUUUAUAACUUUUUAGUGUAACUGGGUUUAGAGCCAGGGUUGAUGCUUUGGUGUGAAUAGCACUCUGAAAAUGAGGAGAAAUAUUCAGAAAGUACAGAAAGGGAUCAGCUACUUUCAGUAUGACCAAAGACAUGUGCUGCCCCAUAAAUACCCUGUGGAUUCUUGAUAUUUAUAAUAAAAUUGGUGUUUUGUA